AUGGCGACCGAAAAGGGUGCCUUGGACGGUGUGGUGGAUGAGAAGGCCGAAAAUGCUCACGCUAGCAAUGUCAUCGCUGCGGCCGAACGUGGCCAGGCUGCGACUGAUCAAUAUGGUCGCGUACUGAUUGAGUUCGAUCGUGCUGCUGAACGUCGCCUACGACUGAAGAUCGAUCUGUGCAUUGUCCCGACUGUGGCAUUGCUCUAUCUAUUUUGUUUUAUUGACCGCGCCAAUAUCGGGAACGCCAAACUCGCCGGGCUAGAGAAAGAUUUAGGCCUCACGGGGAACGAUUACAAUACCGUCUUAUCUAUAUUCUACAUUUCAUACAUUAUCUUCGAGAUUCCAUGCAACAUCGCUUGCAAAUGGAUGGGGCCAGGCUGGUUUCUUCCUACGACCACCUUAUUAUUCGGGGUUUGCUCCCUUGGAACGGCUUUCGUCCAGGAUAUCCACGCGGCAUCCGGAGUCCGGUUCCUCCUUGGGAUAUUCGAAGCAGGCAUGUUACCUGGAAUUGCCUAUUACCUUUCGCGCUGGUAUCGGCGUAGUGAGCUUGCAUUCCGCCUGGCGCUCUACAUCGUCAUGGCACCACUCGCCGGUGCUUUUGGCGGCCUCCUCGCAUCGGCAAUCUUAACGCUCGAUUCUUUUGGCAGCCUGCACACCUGGCGCAUGAUCUUCGCGAUCGAGGGCAUCAUCACGAUUGGCCUCGGCCUCAUCGCCUUUGUCACUCUAACUGACCGGCCUGAGACCGCACGCUGGUUGACACAGGAAGAGAAAGACCUUGCCAUUGCCCGGUUGAAGGCGGAGCGUGUCUCGACCACGGAAGUGCUAGACAAGAUGGAUCGCACCAAGAUGCUGCUUGGCAUCUUUAAUCCGGUCACAUUGUCAACGUCGUUUAUCUUUUUGCUCAAUAACAUCACCGUGCAGGGAUUAGCAUUCUUCGCUCCGACCAUUGUCCGGACUAUUUAUCCGAACGCCAGCGUUGUUUCACAACAAUUACACACCGUGCCCCCCUACGUGGUCGGCGCUUUCUUCACCGUUCUGUUCCCCUUCCUCAGCUGGCGCUUCGACAACCGCAUGGUGUACUUUGUCAUCGCACCUCCCCUCAUGAUUAUCGGUUAUAUCAUGUUUUUGGCCAGCACCGAGCCCAUGGUGCGGUAUGGUGCUACCUUCCUGAUUGCAUGCGGCGCGUUCUCAUUUGGCGCCCUUUGCAAUGCCCACGUUUCGAACAACGUAGUAUCGGAUACGGCGCGAUCGUCGGCGAUCGGAACGACCGUAAUGUUCGGCAACCUGGGCGGACUGAUUUCCACCUGGUCAUUCUUACCGUUUGAUGCACCAAAUUAUCAUAUCGGCAAUGGCCUCAACCUGGCCACGUCAACAUUGACUAUGAUCCUCGGGGCCUGCCUUUGGAUGUGGAUGAAAUGGGAUAACAAGAGGCGGGAUAAGGUGGACAUCGAUCAGGCUCUGCGGGGCAUGUCCCAGAAACAGAUCCAGGAUCUAGACUGGCGCAACCCGGCCUUCCGAUGGCGGACGUAG